UGCGCGAGAGACGCGGCAGGAUGGAUACUGACGCUUACUUAGUGGCAAGAAUUCUUGAUUGUCCUUAUACACCGGUUAUAUACGUCCGAAAUUCGUUGUUACAGUAGUAAAGUCGCGAUAUCUAUGCCCCAACGAAUUAAUUCCUUUCGAAGUGCAAUUCUCUAGACAUUUAUAAACAUUGUAACCUUCGUGCAAAUAUACUCCUACAUAUAUCGAUCUAUGUAUAUAACUGUGCAAACUCACGUGUUUUCGAAGUGGCGCGCGUUGUCAAAACACAACAGCAAUUCAAGAGUACUCGUCUAAUUCUAUUCUUGUAGCUGCUGUUUAUUCGAAACAAAGUUAAUCAAGAUAAACGCAAUGGAAAUUAAAGAAUUUUCCAUUCCUUUGGAUAAGGAUGAGUUGCUUCGUGCACGGGCCAGCAGUUAUUCUGUCAUCGAUAUUGUACCAUCCGGAUCACUUGCUCAAGCUCUCGAUGCGACGAGGCCUGCUCUGCAGAAAGAUGGACCAAAAUUUAUACUCAAUCAUUUUGAUACCUUCUUCUCAGUUAUCAUGCAUGGCAAAAAAGUACACUCCAGUUCGGUUAUGCGUGCUUUCGAUAGGAUUCUCAAAGCAACAAGUAUGUUGAUUGAAGAAAUGGAAGUUUCAUUUGACAAAAGUAAUGACAUACUUACCAGCGAGAAUCGGCCUUUGUAUCUAUGCAUUAAUAAAAUGUACGCUUAUCUUUUAUCAUCACUGGCGUGCUACAUAGAGGAUGAUAUUUGUAAAAAUUCUGACAGUGGCAACAUUGGGAGAAAAAAGAAGACUAAAUCUGACGCCGAAGAAGAGUGGGAAAUUGGGAAGCAAAAAGCCCUUGAAAUUAUAUAUAGAUGGUUACAGUUGCCAUUGCAUAAAUUAUGGACACCGCCAAUCGUGGAAGAUUUGUUUGUCACGGUUCUUGCACAAUUUUGCUAUAAAGUGCUUGAACAAAACAGAGACGCCAGGCAGAAAGAUAUUAGAGAAACGAUUUUUAAGAUUCUAGGGACUCUUGUCAAAAGGUACAAUCAGGGUAUAACUUGCGUGGUGAGAAUAAUUCAGUUGGUUAAAUUAUACGAUGGUCUCUGCGCUUCUUUGGCUGCUGGUGUGGUACACAUGGUAUCGUCAACCGGAUGUGUAGGUUUUAUUAAAGAAAUGGUAUGCGAAAUUGGUCAGAGUGAACCUGGCGAAGCUGACGCUCGAAAUAUAUCAACGUUUCUCGAGACUAUAGCUUCUUCUCGAGCUGAUCUCAUUCUUCCUAUUCUCGACGACAUAGCGGAACAUUUAACCAGUGAGUCUUAUUCAAUGCGGAAUUGCGUCCUCGGGGUCCUUGGAGCUGCUGUACUAGGUGCGCUGACCGGUGAUGACUUGGAUGACAAAAAGAAAGAACAACGUGACGAUUGCUUGAGAAAUUUGGAGGAACACAUUCUCGAUUGUAACGCUUAUGUUAGAUCAAAAUGUUUACAAAUAUGGCAACGUCUGUGCUGUCAGGGUGCUGUUCCUCUUCAAAGACAGUGCAGCCUUUUGAACGCUACUGCUUUGCGUCUCGAGGAUAAAAGUGCAAAUGUGAGGAAACAAGCUCUCCAAUUGUUGCGAGCACUGCUUCAAGGCAAUCCUUUUGCCGCAAAGCUUGACCAAACUAAUUUCAAUCGUCAACUGGAAGAAGCAACCACGAAGAUGCGUGAACUACAAGUUGCUGUAGCGAGUUCGAGCACACGCGGUGAUCCUCAUCGAUUAGAAUUAUGGAAAGUGCUAAUGCCUGAAAUACAGAAAGCCAUAAGUAAAAUAGCCGCCGAAAAAUCAGAUGAUGAAGAAGAUGAAGAAGAUGAAGAUUCGGAUAGAAGAAACGAGAUCGAUCCUGAUGCAGCGUUCGAAAAGGUUCGCCGAUUACUUCUGGAAGAAAAGGUUGAAGAGGCUGUUACGUAUCUGAAAAAAAUUUGCCACGAGUUACCAGGAGCAGCAGACAUGUCGAAUAUGAAUGUCGAGGGCAAAGAAAAUUGCUUUUUCCUAUUUUUAUUUAAGAUCUUUGUAGAGUGCGAAGAUGGACAAAGUGACCAUGAAAAUGAGGAUCCUCAGAAAUCCGGACGUACAGAGGCCCAGAACUCUGCAAAAAACAAAGAACUUAAGCAACGUAAAGAAGAGCUCAAGACUCAAAAAAGACUCGUGAAAUACCUGACCAAUUGUUUGGAUUUCGCGAGACAGUUGGAAAAUAUAAUUCCGUUCGUUGAAAAUCUGCUUUUCUCGACAACAGCCGGUGACGCUGUCGAAGCUUGUACGUUCCUUGGUACAGCGUAUCAGUUUGGCGUGCCAAAAGCUGUCGUUGGCGUACGAAAAGCUCUUUUCCAAGUUAUGAGCCGUGAUCAAUCGGUGCGAAACAAUGUCGCGUCUGUUUACAAAGAGAUUUAUCUUGAAAUGAACGAGCCUAAUCAAUCGUCAAGACAAAAAUCACUGAAUUCCGUGAACGGGCUUAUCGAACUUUUAAAGGGUCUUGAACCUGGUCAAAGUCCGGCUUUGGCCCAGCUCAUUACUACUUGGUGUGAGAAUAAAGCUCUUGGAGCUCAAGAACUUCAGAUCAUGUGGGAAAAAUUUUCUAUGAAAAUACCCGAUACACGACCCGAGGAGAGUAGAGCUGCUCUUGCUUUGUUGACAAUGGUGGCCUCUACAGAACCAUCCUUACUGAGCGAAGGAAAUCUCGAUGUCGUGGUUAAAGUUGGUCUCGGAGCUCGCGCCAAAGAAGAUUUUCUCCUGGCAAGAGAUUCGUGCAGAGCGCUUUUGAAAAUCAGACAGAGUUCCAACGACCCGAAGAAAACGCCCAUCAAGUUCCACAACGAUCACCAAAUGUUCCAAGAAAUAAUUUCACUCAUCAAGGAUAAUUUUACCAGUACGAAGGACGAUGGAUACAUAUCUUUUGUUACCGACGCAAUAAACGUCGUGUAUCAUCUCGCUAAUAAACCAGAUGAACUGAUGAAAAGUGUCCUGUUGGAUAUAACUACAAAAAGCAAUUUAUUCAUGCAACAAAGAGAGGAAAGAUUGUCUCAAGAGGUCGAAACAGAAAAUCUCACGCAAGACAAUGGUCCGAGUGUUCAUUUGUUAUCAAGAUUAUUAUACAUUGUCGGCCACAUAGCUAUUCGACAAAUGGUUUACCUUGAUAACGCUGUUUAUAAAGAAUUGAAACGCCGUAAUGCUGUCAGAGAUCUGAAAAAAGGUAACAAAUCAAGAGAUAGCGUCUCGACCAAUCCUUCGAGUAAUCCUGGGUCUACACCAUUGAAUGCUACGCGAAAAAGCACUGCAACGCCUGCGAGUGCACGACAAACUUUGCGCAACAGAGAGCAAAUGAACAGCACCACUCACGAGGACAACGGGGAAGAAGCUCUUGAGGGAGCAACAGCGGACGACGCAGAUGCGGAAUUCGUCAUUGCAGCUCUGGAAAAUGAUAUCGUGAAUGGGAAUGGAAUUCUCGCAAAAUAUGUACCCAUCAUACUGGACGUUUGUCGUCAUCCGGAAAAAUACAACGACGAGCAAUUGCAGGCAUACGCAGUUUUAGCCUUGAGCAAAAUGAUGACGGUGAGCUCAUCCUUUUGUGUCGAAUCGCUGCAACUGUUAGUUACGAUAAUGGAAAGAUCACCAUAUCCAGGAAUCAGAGCAAACGUUCUUGUGGGAAUGUGUGACUUGACAACAAGAUUUCCGAAUCAAGUAGAACCGUGGACUGGUCAUAUUUACGGCAGGUCAGUCAAAAAUGACAAUUGUUACGAUGAAAUUCCAGAAAAUAUCCUGUCAAUUUUUUUUUUUCUUAUUAAUUAUUCUACCAAACACUUUUUUAGACUUCGCGACGACAGUGUCAAAGUUCGACGCACUUGCGUAAGAAUGUUGUCUAACCUUAUUAUGAGAGAAAUGAUAAGGGUCAAAGGCCAAGUCUCAGAAUUAGCGUUGACUCUGAUGGAUUCCGAUGAGCAAAUCCGGGCCGAGACCAAACAAUUUUUCAAAGAUUUGUCAAACAAAGGGAACGCAUUGUACAAUUCCAUGCCCGAUAUCCUCUCACGACUUACCGAUCCUGAAUUGAAUCUCGAGGAGAAUGAUUUCCAAGAUAUUCUCAAAUACAUUUUAGGACUCAUGCAAAGCCAGAGGCAAAUUGAUACGAUUAUCGAAAAGUUGUGUUCACGUUUCAUUCUCGCUACGACCGAACGCCAGUGGCGAGAUUUGUCCUACUGUCUCUCGCUCCUUCAGUUCAGUGGGAAAAGCAUACGUAAACUUACGGAAAGUUUGCCGCUUCUCAAGGACAAGAUUCAUCACAAUUCAGUACAAAAGUCACUCAACACAAUAAUCGAACACACGAAAAAGAAAGUCGAAGCUAAAGCUGCUUGCAUCGAACUGGAGGAGAAAAUUCAAGAAUUAUUAAAAACCACCGAAGCACCGAGCGAACCUCUGGACGAUCGACAAGCGAUGCCUCCUCCGCCAGUACCAAAAUUACGGAAACCAUCGCGUAGACAAAAAACUCGAAGACAUAGCAGUAGUGACGAAGAAAAUGAAGAAGAUAAUAUCAACGACGAUGAUGAUGACAAUGAUUUGGAAAGCGGUGCCGCAGCAAAUAAUAAAAGAAUUCUACCAUCGAGGAGAUCAAAAACUCGUAAUGGAAAUUUGUCCAGAGUUGCUGAUUCAAGUUCCGAAUCUGAGGAUGGAGAGGAGGAGGAACCUGUGUCAUAUAAAACUCCGCGAAAAGCAUCAAAAACUCCAAGAAAUUCGGAGAAACGGAAAAAACCAACGGAGCCUUUAACUCCAAUGGCUUCGAAAACAAAAAGAAACAGACAACAGGAAUCCCCAGCUCCGGCCUCAUCGCCGGAAACAACACCUCGAAGAACAUCCACGAGGACGAAAAGAACUAUCUCCAAAUUACGUUGAUUGCAAACAAAAUUUGAAUUUUCAUAAUUCGGGCUCAAGAGCGAGACUGCCUAAGCCGCAUAUUUCCUCUUUUGUUUUUUAUUAGAAAAAAAAAUCAAAGCUGUCGGUGCACACCACAGUCAUAUCAAUUGUA